AUGAUUCAAAGGCUGUUUGAAGCUUUUUUUCAGGCUCUCGCUUUCCUGAUCCUUGCGUCGGGUUGGUACGUUUCAACUGUUGACGUUGGAGUGUUAUACCUGGCAUGUGUAAAUGUCCUUGUGCCAUCUCAACUGGUUCUAUACCUCUAUCUUUGCUCUGGCCGUCGGACCCACAACGUGCCAAUUUAUUCCUUUCCUGACAAGGCUUCCUUGGUGGAACCAUACCAAUGUGUAAACAUGAAUGGCGACUUUGCCCAGUGCGACAAAGCAGGCUGUAACGGGCGAUGGAAACCUCCACGAACUCACCAUUGCUCCUCAUGUGGUGUAUGCCGUCUCGAAUUUGACCACCACUGUCCCUGGAUUGGAAAUUGCGUCACUCUUUCCCGACAAAAGGCGUUUCUGGCUCUGCUUUACUUGACGCCUGUCGCGUUUGCCGUGGCCGUUCUUCCGAUCGUGCAUACCCUAUACCUGCAAUUUGUUUUGGCCAUAAGUGUUUCUAGAGCCGAUCCCUGGACGAACGAAAUAUGGUGGGAUUGGAUUGGAUCUUGGAUUCUUUGCGCCGGUCCACUGGGUAGGUGGCCAGUUGGCGCUUUCUUGGGGUUUAGAAUUUUGUGGAGCAUGGAUCAUGGAGACGUACCGCCAUACCCCGGUCAAUCUAUCGACCAACCCCAUCUCAGGAUCAUUGGAACUUGCAUGAUAGCAUUCUUGCUUUCCGCUUUUGCGCUGGGAAUGGCGCUGUUCUCGACAAAACUGGUUUUACAGGGCACAACUAUGCUUGAAUCCUUGCUUAAGAAAGGCAGUAAAUACCCCCUCCUCAUUUGUAUCCCUGUCCAGUCAAACGCCUUUAAUGUCCACGACGUCGUUCCAGGAGAGCGAAUAUACGAUCUUGGCUCUGCGCAAAACUGGAGGGUAUUCAUGGCUAGUCAGGUGUUCCCCUGCGCUACUCUUGGACCAUACCAGUGGCCAAAGCUCAAUCCUUGUAUGAUCCGAAGGAUGAGGGCAGCAGGACGUACUGAAGUAGCGGAUUAA